GGGAGAGAAGGCAAGGGAGCCUUCUAGCGCUGUCCCAGAACCUCUUCGACGCUUCAACCAAAAAAGUAAAACUGCUGAGCUAGCCACUUUAAUAAUAGCACUAUCCCAUCAUUAUUUAAGUCCCAAAUCGAAUUCAAUCCGUGUGAUCAUAUUACGAGAUGGCUCUGCAGGCACGAUUGGGGUUAAUGAGGAAUCUCAGCAAGCGGGCCCUGUCCUGCGCUGGCCGCAGUACUACACCACCUCCUCCGCCGCUCGCCGCCGGUGAUCGGAAGUGCUACCACUGGAAACAUUAUGAGGAGGAUCAGUUGAUGAUCAUGAAGAACAACUGGUCACCUACUAAGAGGUUUAUGGCAAGCGCCGCAGCUGGCGAGACUAAGUCCGACGGAAAACAGGUCGCUGUGGAGACCACAACCACCGCCGGCAAAAGCCGGCGCCGAGGCAAGAGAAGACCCCCUGCCCUCUGGAGGGGCGACGGCCGGGAGUUCGUUCCCGCCCUUCAAGGAGUUCUUUCCUUCGGGGCUGGGCAACGCGCUGUUGCAGGCGACGGAUAACAUAAACAGGCUGUUCCAGAACCUGCACCUUACGCCGUCGAAUCUCAUCGGCCGGUUCAAGGAGAAAGACGAGUGCUACAAGCUCCGCUACGAGGUGCCGGGGCUGUCCAAGGAGGACCUCAAGAUCACGGUAGACGACGGCGUUUUGACGAUCAAGGGCGAGCACAAAGAGGAAGCACAAGGAGGUGGUGGUGGGGAGGAUGAAUCGGACGACGACGAGUUCUGGUCGGCACGGAGCUACGGGUUUUACCAUACCACCGUUCUUCUGCCGGAAGACGCCAAAGCGGAUGAUAUCAGGGCCGAGUUGAAAGAUGGGCUGCUUCAGAUUACCGUUCCCCGGACCGAGAGGCCCAAAGAUGCUGUUAAGGAGGUCCAGAUCCAUUAGGCUACUAUCGCCAGUCGCCACAGUGAGCGCGUGCGUUAAUGUAACCAAUUAGUAUCGUUGAAUAAAUCGGCUUGAUAUGCAAUUAGGCAGCUAUACUGUGUGUUUACUUUUACUAAUGUGCGGGAGGGACCCAGGGUUCUGCUUGACUAAGCUUGUUUUCAAGCAUAUGUUUCGGUUUGUGAAAUUCUAGUUGGUGUUCUCAAUUAAUUAUUAAUUAAGAUAUUUAAAGG